AGGGGGCAGUGGGAUUGAUAGGGAUGUUUCCAUCAUGGCGGCAUCCAUUUCAGGUUAUACUUUUACUUCUGUGUGUUACCACAGCGCCAAUAGCAACUCGGAUCAUGAGGGCUUCCUAUUAGGAGAAGUAAGGCAAGAGGAGACUAUCAGCAUCAGUGACACACAGAUUAGCAAUGCAGAAUUGCUCCAGGUAGUAGAAAUCCAUAAACAUGACCCUUGUGCACGGUUGUUUAGCUUUUAUGACUACGCUGGGAAAGUCAAUGAAGAAAAUCUCAACAGCAUUCUAAAAGAUAGGCGAAAAAAUGUGAUCGGUUGGUACCGCUUUCGGCGAAACACCCAGCAGCAGAUGUCGUUCAGGGAACAGAUUGUCCACAAACAGCUGACUCAGCUGCUCGGCGUGCCCGACCUCGUCUUCCUCCUUUUCAGCUUCAUCUCCACGACCAACAGUUCCACACACGCGCUGGAGUAUGUGCUCUUCCGACCGAACCGCAGUAGGUACAACCAGAGGAUCACCCUCACCAUCCCAAACCUGGGCAAUACAAGCCAGCAGGAGUACAAGGUCUCCUCCGUACCCAACACCUCGCUCAACUACGCCAAGGUUGUCAAAGAACACGGGGCUGAAUUCUUCGACAAAGACGGCGUGAUGAAGGACAUCCGAACAAUAUUUCAAGUCUACAGUGCGCUACAAGAUAAAGUGCAGGCCGUGUGCGGGGAUGUAGAAGAAAGUGAACGCGUGAAGGAGAAAAUUCAAGAAGAUGUGAACAAACUGAAGCAGCAAAUUGCCUUCAGGAAACACAAGGUGGCGGAAGAAGAGAGGCGGAUUCAAGGAGCCCAGAAUCCAGACUCCCACUCCACUCCAGAGGAAAACACGGAACCUUCUGAGACUUCUCAUCUAGCUAGGAUAUCUUUCCAUGCGCCCUCUGCACCGGAGCGUCCCAGCAUCUCGUCCAACCCUCCCUCUUACGCUGACCUCAUGUCCCAAGGUGACUCUCUUCUCUCCUCCUCUUCUCCGCCUACCAGUGCUGCUCUACUGCCCCGGCCUCAGGCUGUGGGAUCUCCGGGACACCCCACCCCAGGCCCACUAGGCAUCAUCUCGAGCUUGGGCCUCGGUGCCACCUCAAAUCCUGUUAGCGCUCCCAGCCUCCCGUACCUCGGCAACGGCGACGGAUCGAGCUCAGACUCAUUAGACAGACAAGCAGCGGGUCAGGAGUUUGACGAUGAAGAUGAGGACAGUAGCGAAUAUGAGAACCUAGUGAGCGAAGCCGGCCAUCUGCCCGUGAGCCCCGCCACCCUAUUAGCUCGAAGUCGGUCGUCCGCCCUGGGUCCUGAUGGGGACACUCGUGGCUCACAGACCACAUAGAAACAUGCCGCCAGGUGUGGACAGGACACGUGCAACUGACGCACUUUCUCAAGGAAUCAAAGAUAGACAAAGAAGUGCCAGUCCUGAAAGUGAAAGGCAUGUGCAGCUGGGGUCCCGCAAUACUGUAUGUGCUUGUUUUGUCUCCAUUUUAAGGGGAACCCAUGUCUCACUGGAGGGGGUGUGGGGGGGUCCUUUGGUUCUGAAUGUUUCUUUUUGGAAAGGGGAUGCUGUCUCGGUACGUUUUUGAACGCGUUUAGCCUUCUACAAGGAGGAUGUUAUUUUCAACCAUUGCGUUCUAGAAAAAGGCAGGUCCUGCUCCUCUUUGUUUCACGUUUUCCUCACUUAACUCUGAGCACCCACUCUUGCAUUACUUUUGCACUAUUUAUUGCCUUCUUUUUAGCGACCUCUCAAAGAAACACAAAGGGAGAGAAUCAAUCAGCCUUCCAACUCAUGUUUUAAGAAGUCCUACUGUUUAUUAUGGUGAAAAUCAAGGAAAGAGGUAAAUGUAACUAGACUUUCACAUGCACAUUUGUCACACUUGCGUGGAUUUGUGCUUACCUGUAAUUAUUACGUUAGCAGUACAGCAUAAAGUGGAGUCAUAGAGUUGUCUAUGUAAUGACAAGUAGAACUCAAACUAAAUUACUACUCCACUUAUGGGUGCUUUAUAUAUAAAUAUAUAUUUUUGUCUUUUGGUGUCAGUUAAUUCAAUGAAAUUGGCAUGAAUGUCUUGCUCUUCUGGGAGGGGGGGAAAAAACAACACUGAAAUUGUAUCGUGCUUUGCUGCACUUAACGUUAAAAUGUAUGAUUUCCUUUUUCUAUGUGCUAUACCAAUGAGGUGAUGUCGUACCACUUGUAUAGUCCCCUUUGACACCCGCUCCGCUCAUCUUUUGUACAUUGUACACACAGGGUUCACAGAGCAAACACAAUGUACUGUAGCUUUACUAACCAGACGCUUAAGGUUCCCUUCAAUUGCUGCAACACGGAGAGCUAUACCACUAAACAACAAAUGUCUGUUUGUCAUUUAAAAACACAAAACUGUCUGCUAUUUUCACUCCACAUUGCUCCUUGUCUUGUUGCUGACUUAUAACCACUGGAAGCUCACUUCUCGUCGAAUAGUUCUCUAUUAAAAAGUAAUAACAUACGACUAAAUAGCCCCUGUAGUGUGUGAAUUGUAACAAUGGAUAUAGUUGAGAAUAGAUGCCAUGUAUUCUUUAUCUGAUUGGAUUAAUAUCACUUGCAUGAUCUUGGGCAAUAUGAUUUAAAAAAAAAACAAAAACCAAAACAUUUUGCUUCAGUACACAGUGCCUUCCAAUUUACAGUAUGGCAGCUACCGUCUGCAAAACUGUUCUUGGCUGACACCUACACUUUCUCACACAAAAUUUAAGUAGAAGUGUCGCGACUGUGGCUUCGCCGUCUAUCUUGUUACAAACUGGAAUCCUAACCGCAAAAGUCAGAGAGAACCUGCUUGGUGACUAAUACACCUGUCAUAGACGUGAAAUGUAACCAAAGCUAAAGGCAGCAAGCAGUGUUGUGAUGGACGCCGUCCUCGAAUGGGCCGACUGUUGCGCCGCACAGGGAGUGUGUUCGAUACGGUCACCGGCAGGUUGUACCCCCAUCCCAAACUGACACAAUCUGAGGCCAAGCUCUGCUUUACUUAAGCGACCUGUUUGUAUGCCUGUUUGCCUUAGGGUUGUCUCAUUUGCAUCACUGAUCGGGAACUGGCACUCUUUAAAUGUUACUUCAUUAAUCAGCCAGAGUAACACACAUCACAUCACAUGAUGUAGAAACAUGACAUUUACUGUAUGGCUUUCCCUGGAGAACUGGAGUGUCACGAGGAACUAUAUUAAAUAAUGAAUGUACAGUAGACAAGGGAGGGAGUAGCAUUUAGUCGACUUUUACUGAUGGUGGUCCUCGAGCCCCUUCCGUGUUUGCUGUUACCCUUUUGGGGAGUUAUUUGGGUAGUAGCCUUGUGUAACCUGGACUUGAUGAUCAAAAACCAGCAGGGCUGUGGUGCUGUGAGCCAAUGGUAGUUUCUUUAUAACAUUAAACACUCAUGUACUCUUAUUGUAGAGUGAUACUUCAAUUUCCCUUCUUUACCUAAAUGGGACACACUACGACACCUCCCUGAAGCACACACUUGAGGGACUCUUUAGGCUUUUUAUUUGGAUUUGUGCACUUGGAAGAAGACAAAAAAGACAUGUUUGAAUGAACACAGAGGGGGAUAUAAUAAAUAAAAGAGACAUGUACAUGUGGUAUGAGGUGUCUUUCUUUCAAACACAAGUGAGAUACGUACAACGGGGUGUACAAAGUGCUGCCCGGAGACCUUUUGCGGCCCACGGCUUGUAGGAAUAAAAUUCAACAAAAAGGCACGAUGAAAAGAGAAA